GGCAGGCACGAGAUGGAGAUGUACGACGCCGCCGUGCUGCUGAUCCGCAACCCGUACCGCUGCCUGCUGGCCGAGUUCAACCGCAAGUGUGCAGGACACAUGGGCUACGCCUCCGAGCAGCACUGGAGGGGCCAAGAGUGGCCGGAGUUUGUGGGCAGCUACGCCCCCUGGUGGGCGUCCCAUGUGCUGGACUGGCUGCGCUUCAGCCGCAGGCUGCUGGUGCUGCACUACGAGGAGCUGCAGGGGGCGCUGUUCCCCACGCUGCACACACUCACCUCCUUCCUCAACACCAGCGUGAGCCCAGAGAGGCUGCUCUGCACCGAGAUCAACCAGGACGGCCACUUCAAACGCCCAGCCGGCCGCCAGCGCCCCCUCCACCCCUUCACCCCGGAGAUGAGGCGGCUCAUCGACGGCUACAUCCGGACCGUGGACCAGGCCCUCCGGGAGAGGAACCACUCCGGCCUGCCUUCAGAGUACCUGCCCAGAUGAUGAGGGCCUCAGUCAG